UUCCUGCGGCUCGGGCUGGGGAUAUAGGCGUCCAGCCCCCAGCCCUGGCCCCGGCUCUGGGUCCGCCAGCUGCCUUUCUGCUUCAGCUGCACUAUGGCUUCAAUCGAUACCCGCUGCUCUGGCUCCCCUCAUCUCCCUGCGACCCCAGCCAGACUUCGAAGCCCCCUCUGGCUCCUCCUCCUGCUCUGCUUUAUCUUAAAUGCCCAAGGCUCGGGCGCUCAGACAGUCCCUGACCUCACCAACGUGGACCCCUUUAAAUGGCAGAAUGUGAUGACCUCAGAGCAGAGAUAUGAACUAACAGCCAGACAAUGCUGGUUUUUCUAUGAGGACCACAUGAAAAACAUCAGCAGAGAGGAUUGGUGUGAAUGGGACAUGAUCAGCAGGCCCUACAGCGACCUACAAUACUGCCUGGAGAAAUUGGCAGAAUAUUACAGUCUGGGUUUUCCCAAUUCCUUGGCUGAGCAGAUCAUCUUCCACAGCCACCAGAUGUAUUUUGCCAACUGCUCACUAGAGCGACGGCCCCUCUUCUUCGACCCCCCAGAGGAGGUGCUGCUAGCGCUGAUCAUUGCUCCCAUCUGCCUCAUCCCUUUCCUAGUCACCUUGGUGGUAUGGCGGAGUAAGGACAGUGAAGUCCAGACAUAAAAUGUCCCCUGCUCCUUGUCAAAAUAUUUCAGGCCAAUUUCUAGUUCUUCCCCUCCCCCUAGGAAUAUAUUGAUGAUUCCAUCACCCCCACCCUACCCUGCUCUCAACUACUCCCUGGGGAAGCGCAAUUUGAACUUCUGGUGGGAAUGGGGGCAGAAAGGGAAAGACAAGUGGGAAUAUGAGCUCUAGAAUCACCAUGAUAAAUAAACAAGUUGGGGGGUUUUCCCCCUAGAGGGUCUCUA